AUGGAGACUGACUGGUCGGGGCUGCCGCUGGACUUGCUCGCCGCCAUCUUCGCCAACCUCAGCGUCUGUAACGUCCUGUCAGGCGCCGGGCUCGUGUGCCACUCGUGGCUCGACGCGGCCAAGCUGCCCACCCUGUGGCGCUCCGUCGACAUGGCACCCGUCCCCAUCGGCAGGUGCUACGAGGAGGAUCUCUGCUCGAUGGCCUUGGUCGCCGUCGACCGCGCCGCCGGCCGGCUCGAGGCGUUCGCCGGAGCGAUCUUCGUCAGCGACGCGCUCCUCCGCUGCAUCGCCGAAAGGUGCGAACAAUUACGUAAACUACCAAUUCAAGACAUUCAAAUCAGAAGAGUGAAAUGGAUAGUUGGUCCUUAA